ACAGAGAGUUGUCAUAUUCACAGCUGACUUGAGGCAGGAACAACUUAGUGUCAUCAACUCAAAAUUUAGUGCAUAUCUUCGUGAAAAUGCAUACGUUAACAGACAGACCCAGCAAGCCAUGAAAGAUUUUAAUGAAAACAUUAAAGAACAGUCUUUUAUUUCACUUAAAACGUGCACCGGAUUGUCUCAAUUCGCUAUAAAAUUUACGGAAUUCACAAGUUAUCUCGACAAGCUGCUGUCGUAUCAUGUUUUAAGCAAUAAAGAGGAAUGCUCAUGGUCAUCGUGCAGCGAAGAUAUUGAGAAAGAGAACAAAGAGUUUAUGAAAUUCACCAACCAGUUAACAGUGACUAUGUCUCGUCUGCGAAUGACAUUGUGCGUUUUGGCGUCUUUCGGCUCAAACAAGAUAAAUGUCUCGGAAAGUGGGCCCUGCUUUAAAUUAAUGGUGAAACAAAUGAAGAAGCUCUUCGAGGUUUCGCAAGAGUUAUGUAGAUGCUACCAGUUGAAAAUGCUUGCUGAAGAGCAAUUGCCCAUGAUAACAGAGCGACUUAGAAGCACUGACCAGUGUAUAAUGUCGUCAUUGGCUGGAAUAGCCGGCGCAGCAAGCAAGUUUGUUAAGUUCUUCGACGACAACAUUGAAUUCAUAACAGCUAAUAAUGGAUUUAAAAGAAAAGGAGUCGUUGGUGAUGGGGAAGAGGGAAUUUCGUCUGCAAUCAAGUUGUUCCAUUCAAAAGCAACAGGUUACUUGCAGAGUCUCAGAAAGGACGUCCCGAUAACCGUUCCAUACGAAAUUGCAGUAAAAAAUAAUAGAACUUUAAUGACAUCUACUGAAAGUAGAGACACGCUUGCGGAGGAGGUAACUCAUUCAAAGGAAACCAUUGCAAAACUUGAACAGGAAAAGCAGCACUGGCUACUCGAGGCUCAGUUGCUCCAGGCCAAAUUUGAGAAGGAAGUAAAAAAAGUGGCAUCUCUCAGUGAUGAGCUCGGAAAGCUGAAAACUGAAGCGAUAAAUAGCAGACAGUCGCCUGAGACAAUUGACGAUGUUUUGCAAAGAGAUAAGUCUGUGGGCAUAGUCUCGCCACCUCCCUUGAUGAGAGAGGCCUCAUCAGGCUCAACCUCAGCUGAACCUGUCUCGUUUUCACAUCCUAUUGGGACCCUAGAAGUUUGGAAUAAGGAAAGGCAGGAUACUGGGGAUUCAGAUAGAGAUCACGAAGAGCUUGUCAAGAAUCAUCUUACAGCUAGAAUUAAUGACCUAACAAAACAGCUUCAACUUGCGGACAGUAAAGGAGUCACUCAUUAUGCAGAGUGUCGAGCUCUUUAUAAACAACUGGUCCUUGCUGAUAAAAGUAAAAAGAGGAUAGCGAACGAGCUUGCACAGGCAAAAAGCAGACUUGGAACGUUGGAAGAUGAUUUAGAGACGACGAAAAGAAGUUACGAGGACCAAAUAAAGAUGCUAAGUGAUCACCUUUGCGGAAUGAAUGACAAGCUGACUUCACAAAAAGAUCAAAUCGAUUUGUUGAAGACUGCAACUCCAAGCAAAGGGUCAAACAAGCUUGGCUUUGGGAGAAAGAAACAAGCAUAAACAUGAUAACAUGAAAUGCAGCAUAACUAUGGAAUUCCAAUCAUUGUACUAAAGAUGUGAAUUGUAUUUGACAGAGAAACUUCGUAACCUGAACUGUACAAAGCAUUUAAGAACUUCAAUCAGUAGAGUAGAAAGCAAAUCUAACGAUUAACACUGAAAAGGUUUGCUAGAAUAUUUCUUGUGAGAAUAUAUCAUGUGGGAAAAUAUCAUAUGAUAUAUCAUGUGAUCAUUAGCCGACAAAACUAAAGAUGCUAAUACUUUUCUUUCCUUUCCGCCUUUCCAUGUUGUUGCAGUACUUGAUUUAUAGGAUGUCUUAAUUUAAAUUUAAUUUUUAUUGAACGAAUUAUAGAACCUUCCAAAACGUUUUUUGUAUUAAGUUGGUUGUAAAUCAGAAUGUGAUGUUGCCGGGCUUAUAUUCUGAUUUUAUUUUUCUCCGAUGAGGAAUUCUUGACCAA